AUGCCCCGAACCACACCUGCCGGAAAACUACCAGCGGCACCACCAGCAGCAAACACCAUAACCCAACCCAAACACCCCAACUCCAAAUCCUCCCGCGCACCUCUCCCCAAAUCCCUCCUUCGCGCUGACCUCCGCAAAACACGGGCGGGCGUCUGGGCCGUCGCCGUUGCAGUCAUCGCCGCUUGCGGCGCCAUCUCGGGCGCUUAUUUGAAGACGUGGGCGCAGGAGCGCGCCAAAGCCAACCAGGCCUCACCUUCUGCGGAAGCUGCAGUCGGUGCUUCAACAACGCAGUCACACACCACUCAAGAAGCGCAGGGAAGUCAGGCAGCACCAGCACCAGUAGGGAAAGUGGAAGCGGAGGUGGACGUGAGGGAUAUUGAAUCAGCCAUCAGGACCCUCAACAACAGGCGCGGCGCGCUGGUUAUGCGGAAGAUGCAGGAGGAGGGGAGGCUGGAGAGAUUGAAGGAGCGGAUGAGGGUGAAAGCGGAGAUUGAGGCGAGGAGGGCGGAGGCGGAUCGAGGCCAUGCUGUUGAUGGGGCGGAGCGGUGA